CUACUGGGUGUAAUUUGCAAACAUAGCGUGUUAUUGUUUGUUGAACAAGAUUAAACUCUCUGUGGGUUUCUACUGAAAGCACACACUGGUUUGACAGAAGAAUCGUUGUUUGUAUAUUUAUCUUCAGACAUAUAAGACAGGCCAUGUAUGCAGUUGUUGUCUUGCAAGAUUCAAAUGAAGUGAUGGUGGUAGCAUCAAACUGGUUGACCCCAGACAAGACCCGAUGUUAUUGGCCACCAUUCAAAUCACCGGAGAAAUGUAAAGAAGCUCUUAUGAACAGAAGUGUGCCUUUAACAGCAGGAAAACCAUGGGAGAUGUUAAACAUUCAAUUUCAAGGAGAACAUGGCACUUGGGAACAGGCUCAGAAGGCGAGAGAUGCAAUUAUACAAGCAUACCGCAUCACUGGAAUAAAAAGACCAAAACUUGAAAAUCCUCAAAAUUCACCAUUAGUACCAUCCACAUCCAGAAUGCCAGCUGAUGACAAUGAAGAGAUUCUUCAAAUGCUGAAAGAAAUCAAGAGCAAAGUUAAUGAAAACUCUACCAUGUUAAAGCAACUGUUAAAAAAAGAGACUCCUGUUUCUUAUCCAGCACCCACUAGCACAAGCACACAACCUAAAACUAAAUGCAACCUAAAUCUACCUCUUAAAACCCUUGAAGAUGUGGAGAGGGCUGAACAAGAGCUCCGCAAUGGAGCAAUGCACAAAAAAUAUGUGAGUCCACAAUGUAUAAAGAAAAUUCUUGCAAUAUAGUGUGGCAAAAUGCAACCUAUCACUGUAAAAAAAUUCCGUAGAAAUUGCA